UGCACAUGGAUUUGUGACCGGUUUUUCUUAAACAUUUUCUAAUAUAUGUAAAUAAAGUAAUUAAUAUUUUUAUAUACACUAUGUGCAUCGUUCUCUCUAAUUCCGUAAGAUUCAUUGCAAAUUUCUCUCUAUAAGGAAGAUUAAAAAAAUAAGCUCAAAAAUGAGAUUGGUAAAACCAAAUUGGGUUACUCAUGAUGAUAAUCCGAUAUUUUCGAUUGAUAUUCAUCCGGAUGGGAAAAGAUUCGCCACCGGUGGUCAAGGUGCUGAUUCAGGGCGAGUUGUAAUAUGGAAUAUGGAACCAAUAAAAGAUGAAACUGCCGAAAUUGAUCAAAAUAUUCCAAGAAUGUUGUGCCAAAUUGACAAUCACCUUGCUUGCGUAAAUUGUGUGCGAUGGAGCAGCACCGGCCUCUUGGCAUCAGGCGGCGAUGAUAAACUGAUAAUGAUCUGGAGAUUCGCAGGAGCGAGCAUCGGCGGAAGUUCAAUAUUUGGAGGAAAAGCUGGAGUCGAGACGUGGCGAUGCAUCGCAACAUUGAGAGCGCACGAGGGCGAUAUUUUAGAUAUCGCCUGGGCUCCUCACAAUCCAUGGCUGGCGUCCGCCUCAGUUGACAACAGUAUCAUUAUUUGGGACGCUACGAAAUUCCCCUCGAUUGUCGCCGUCCUCAAAGGACACACGGGUCUCGUCAAGGGCGUCACCUGGGACCCAGUGGGAAAGUACAUUGCCUCGCAGUCUGACGAUAAGACGUUACGCGUCUGGCGCACCAACGAUUGGGGUGAGGCCACGUUAAUUUCGGAACCAUUCGACGAGUGCGGUGGGACGACGCACGUUCUCCGCCUCUCAUGGAGCCCCGACGGACAAUAUUUGGUCUCGGCUCACGCAAUGAAUGGCGGUGGACCAACCGCACAGAUUAUCGAGAGGGAUGGAUGGACCACUGAUAAGGAUUUUGUUGGACAUCGAAAAGCCGUCACUUGUGUUAGAUUUAAUAGUAAAAUUCUGCAAACUAAACAACCGGGUUCUUCGAAACCAACGCAGUAUUGUUGCGUGGCAAUGGGAUCCAGGGAUCGAUCUCUCUCCGUCUGGUUGACAUACCUCAAGAGACCAUUGGUUGUAAUUAACGAUUUGUUCAGGAAUUCGGUUUUGGACGCAAGUUGGUCGCCAUGCGGAAUGCGUCUGGCCGCAUGCUCCUGGGAUGGUACGGUUGUUUUCAUUGAAUUCUCCCAAAAGGAAAUUGGACAACCUUUGGACCCCGUAGAACAAAGUAAAGUUCAUGAACGCAUGUACGGAAAACCGUUGAUCCAAGGGGGCGGUUGCACAGUUAUGGAAUCGCCGGAACUACUCAAUCUGAAACCCCCGACUCCGAAGAGUCAGACUCAACCAACUCCAAUGAAUAAUUCGAUACAAACCGCGACCAUCUCGACACCUGUCAAGGCGCCUAUUAAUAAACAAAUCGAGACCCGAACUUCCGACGGGAGACGGAGAAUCACUCCGAUGUUUAUUCCCCCACCAGCCGAUACAACGGACAUCACGACUGGAAUAGGAGUGAGUGCUCCAACAUUCUCGAGCACAUCGCAAACAAAGAGUUCGAUAGUCAUUGAGAAACGUGACGACAUUGUCACUCCGAAUGUGAGUUCAACAGUGAAUGCGGCAACGAAUUCUUCAGGGUCAACUCUGACCCUGAAGCGUCGCGAGCAAACGACACUGAAACCCCAUCAUCAUUCGACUCCACACAAAAAGUUAAAAUUUGCUUCGGAGAGAAGUGGAUCGCAGAUAUUCCUGCCGGCAUUGAAAGCUGCGAGUUCAAUUUCUCAGCAGGCUGGACAUUACGCCGUCACUGUGACGAAUAGUCAGGGCUUGGCUCAUCUGCAAGUAUUCCAUGGAACGGACACCGAACCACUGUGGAAUCUUUAUUUGGGGUACAAUGCAGUUGCUCUAUCGGCCACACCGUCCAUCAUUGCAUUGGGUUUAAUUGACGGUAGUGUUCACACCUUUCAUCCUGUGAAAGGAACGCGGCCCGUUCCACCAUUGGCUCCGCCUGCGCCCUUGGCACGUCUCCACGCUGUUGGCAGUGCGGUGAUGGUGAUAUCGAGUUGUGGAGCCGUGCGAGUUUGGGAAAUUGGAAACGUCUGUCGAUUAAUAGUUUCCACGUCGGCUGAACAUUUAGCGGCUCCAGGAACUUCUUUACUAUCCUGUACAUUGUACAAUGGAAUGCCUCAUCUAGCUUUCACGAAUGCAAGAGCUUACAUUUAUCACAAAGAAAUGGGAACGUGGAUGUUGAUUGGCGAUAGUCAGGACCCGGUUUGGCGUUGGUCGGCAAACAAUGCCUCGAGCACUUCUGGAACUCGCGUUCCCAGAGGACCUCUUUCAGCAUUACAAGAAGGACUUCACAGAACUGCUGGCAGUAGUCUAGCAAAUCCUAGAUUACCUCACAGUGCUCCUUGCGUUGUUUCUUAUUUGGAACAACAAUUAUUGGCUUCAAAGGCACUUGGAAGUGCGACGGAAUAUAUUCAUUGGCUCAUGGCGCUAGUCUCCUUUCUACUCACUCAAGAUGGUUUGGAAAAGCGUCUAAGAAUUAUUCUCGAUGAUCUUAUGGGCCCGAGUCAUACUACAGCUGGCAAAAGUGUCUGGGAACCAUCAGUUCUGGGCAUUAAAAAGCAUAAAAUAUUAGGAGAUGUUCUAGUCGUACUAGGUGGACAUCUCCGUUGGCAGAGACUUUAUUUGGAGUACUGUGAACAAUUGUCAGCUAUAAAACAUUCCGCUAACCCUUAAGUUAAGUUAUUUUCUACAUAGUGUAUAAGAAAAAUUAUAUAUGUACAUUAUAUUACAAUUUUUUUUUUUUUUUUUUGUAAAAGAAUUGUAUUUUGAAGUUUUUUUUUGUUUAAAAGAAACAUGUGAUUUAUACCAAUUUAUAUUUUAUAAAAGAAUUUAGUUACUGAAUUUUCGACAGUAAUAUUGAUCUGUCGCUUCUUAAAGAAGCUGGAUGUCAAAAUAUGCCACAAAAAAAAGGAAUUUUUUGAUAAUAAAAACGAGUUUUCAUAAA